AUGUUCACUGAAGGUCUUGAUAGGAGCGCCCUUCGUUGGGUUAGAGAGAAGGAUGUUCCAUUCUCGAGUUCUAAUUUGAGACCUCGAAUUGAUCCGAUUACACACAUUCGUAGUGGUAGUGGCGGCAGGGGAUUUGGACUGCCCCCACCGUCAAAAUUUAGAAGUGGGCACUUGCCUUCCAAUGCCAUACCGGUUCGGACAAUUCCAGCUGAUGGGGAUGAGAGUGGGUCUUCUGAUAAUGACAGAACCACUGAUUCAGAAGACGGCAUUUAUGGAGGUAGAUACUCACUGGAUUCAUCACCACAAGAUGACAGGGUUCCCAGUGCUUCUGCUCAUAGGUAUGGGAAGCCGUCGCAAGGGCAACCCCAUUAUGGCAGUGAUUAUACGUACUCAGAUGUCAGUUCAUCAAUGGACACUGUUGUGGGGAGACAUAAACCUGCGGCCGAGAAGUUGGUCAGGGGAACUGGGAAGUAUCCAGUUGCAAGGAAUGGUUACACUGAGGAUGAGUCAUCAGAUUCGGCUGCAAGCUCAGAAUAUUCUACUUCACAAGCAGGAGGAAGCAUCAACAGUGGGGUGCCACGUAACAGAGCUUAUGUUUCAGAGGGAUAUGCCUCGAGCGUGCCUUCACAGAGGAACUUGGAAAGCUCUGCCAAAAAGAAUUUUAAUUCCACAAACCUGCAGAGUGAAAAGUUAUCCGAUGAUGAUGUUCCUAGUGCACCACCUUUUUGUGGUGCAACUCAGGAAAUUAAACAGGACGAUGAGAUAAGUCCAUCUAGAGUACAUAGGACACCACAUGCAACCGCUUCAUCUGAGUUCAAAACAACCCCUGGUAGAAAGCAGGAGGGCAAUAUUGAAAACGGCAAUCUUGGCCAGUUUGUAAGAACUACCACUAGUUCUGAAGCUGCUGUGCCAUCAUGUCCUGCUCGCCUCCCCACCUUUUAUGCAUGUGCUCUAGGGUCAUGGCAUGCUGUUAUUGCAUAUGAUGCAUGUGUGCGUUUGUGCCUUCAUGCUUGGGCAAUGGAAUGCAUGGAAGCUCCCAUGUUUUUGGAAAAUGAAUGUGCUCUACUACGCGAUUCAUUUAGUUUACGACAAGUACUUUUACAAUCAGAGGAAGAAUUGUUGUCAAAGCAGACUUCAGAGCUUGCCGGUGAGAAAGCUGCUCCAAAACCCAAGAAAAUUGUUGGCAAGAUGAAAGUGCAAGUGCGUAGAAUGAAACCGGGCCUGGACCCACCCACUGGCUGUAGUAUUUCAUCUCUAAGGCCACCAGUAAUCAAACUGGAAUCCAUUCGAUAUCGUCUUUCCAGCUUCCAGUCUACACUCGCUUCUGGAUGGCAAGCCCUUCGAAGGAUUCGAGUUGUACCUCGUGUACCUGCAAAUGGUUCUUUUUCACGUCAAAGCUUGGCAUAUGUGCAUGCUGGUACUCAGUAUAUAAAACAGGUGUCUGGACUCUUGAAAACUGGUGUAACAAGUCUGCGGGAGAGUUCGUCCUCAUAUGAAGUUGUGCAUGAAACGUACUCUUGCUUGUUAAGACUGAAAAAUUCAACUGAAGAAGAGGCUGUCAGGAUGCAACCUGGAUCUGGUGAAACUCAUGUCUUCUUUCCAGAUAGUUUGGGAGAUGAUUUAAUAGUUGAAGUACUUGAUUCAAAGGGAAAACAUUUCGGAAGAGUCCUUGUUCAAGUGGCAACUAUUGCUGAUGACCCGGCUGACAAGCAACGCUGGUUCAAUGUCUAUUGUGAACCUGAACAUGAGCUUGUGGGGAAGAUACAGCUUUCUGUAUAUUAUUCAAUGAGUUCAGAUGACAAUCCCAAGUGUGGCUCUGUUGCAGAAACGGUUGCAUAUGACCUAGUUUUAGAAGUUGCUAUGAAGGUUCAGAAUUUUCAACAAAGGAAUCUAUUGUUGCAUGGUCCUUGGAAAUGGCUUUUAACAGAGUUUGCAUCAUAUUAUGGUGUUUCUGAUGUAUACACCAAGCUGAGAUAUCUCUCUUAUGUUAUGGACGUAGCUACACCAACAGCUGAUUGCCUCAACUUGGUCUACGAUUUGCUAAAGCCUGUUUUGAUGAAAGGCCACCAUAAGAGCAUGUUGAGUCACCAAGAGAACCGAAUCUUAGGAGAAACUAAGGUUCAAAUUCAACAGAUUCUUGCUCUAGCUUUUGAGAAUUACAAGUCCUUGGAUGAGUCAUCGCUUUCAGGUAUUUUGGAUGUUUUUCGACCUGCAACUGGGCAUGCUGCACCUGCAUUGGAGCCUGCUGUGAAACUUUACACGCUCCUUCACGAUAUCUUGUCUCCAGAGGCUCAGACUGCUUUAUGCCACCAUUUCCAGGUUGCCGCGAGAAAAAGAUCAAGAAGGCACUUGGCUGAGACAGAUGAAUAUGUUACCAACAACAGUGAUGGAACUUUGAUUGAUAUUUUGAGUAUGACGACAGCGUACCAGAAAAUGAAAUCCUUGUGCCUUAACAUUAGGAAUGAAAUCCUCACUGAUAUUGAGAUCCAUAAUCAGCAUAUACUCCCCAGUUUCGUAGACCUCCCACAUCUGUCGUCAUCAAUAUACAGCACAGAGCUGUGCAGUAGAUUGCGUGCUUUCCUCAUUGCAUAUCCCCCAACAGGUCCUUCACCUCCUGUAGCAGACCUUGUUAUAGCCACAGCAGAUUUUCAAAGGGACCUUGCCAGCUGGCACAUCAGUUAUGUUAAAGGUGGAGUUGAUGCAAAAGAAUUGUUCCACCUAUACAUUAUGCUGUGGAUUCAAAAUAAACGCGGUUCUUUGCUUGAAGCAUGCAAACUAGACAAGGUAAAAUGGUCAGGAGUUAGGACACAACAUUCCACGACUCCUUUUGUGGAUGAAAUGUAUGAUCGUCUGAAAGAGACUUUGAGUGACUAUGAGAUCAUCAUUUGCCGGUGGCCUGAAUAUGCCUGCAUUCUGGAGAAUGCUGUUGCUGAUGUUGAGAAGGCGAUACUAGAAUCUCUAGACAAGCAGUAUGCAGAUAUCCUGGCACCAUUGAAGGAAAAUUUGGCACCCAAGAAAUUUGGCCUCAAGUAUGUUCAAAAACUUGCCAAAAGGUCUGUGAGCUCUUAUACCGUCCCUGAAGAGUUGGGAAUUCUGUUAAAUUCCUUAAAGAGAAUGCUUGAUGUCCUUCGGCCCCAAAUAGAAGUUCAGUUCAAAUCAUGGGGUUCCUGCAUCCCUGAUGGUGGAAACACAGUUGCUGGAGAGCGUCUCAGUGAAGUUACUGUGAUGUUGAGAGCCAAGUUUAAAAAUUACCUACAAGCAGUUGUGGAAAAACUUGCAGAGAAUACAAAGUUGCAGAGUUCUACAAAAAUGAAGAAGAUUCUCCAAGAUUCAAAAGAAACUGUGGUAGAAUCUGAUGUGAGAAGUAGAAUGCAGCUUUUGAAAGACCAGCUGGCAAAUACAGUCAAUCACUUACAUACAGUGUUUGGGACUCACGUCUUCAUUGCAAUUUGUCGAGGUUAUUGGGACAGAAUGGGACAAGAUGUGCUGAGUUUCUUAGAGAACAGAAAAGAAAAUAGAUCAUGGUAUAAGGGUUCACGAAUUGCUGUCUCUAUUCUAGACGACACUUUUGCAUCACAGAUGCAGCAGUUGUUGGGGAAUGCACUGCAGGAGAAGGACCUGGAGCCUCCUCGAUCCAUCAUGGAAGUCCGAUCAAUGCUUUGCAAGGAUGCUGCCAAUCACAAGGACAACACCUAUUACUUUUAG